AUGGAAGUCUAUACGAGAAAAAUUUGUAAAUCAGGUAUAGAGUACUGCAAUGAGUCCCUUGCAAUGCAACUCAAAGAAUGAAUCACAAAGUGCCUGAACGACCCUUAUGUAUUUGCCAGGGGGAGUGAGAUGUUUGAAAGCUUUUUAAAGAAGAAAUAUUUCCUAGCAAGUUUACUCCAGAUAGCAUGUGAUGAGUCAAACUCUUUCAACUGUAGACAGCUUUCAAUCAUUGUCCUAAAGAACCACAUUAUUGAUGAAUGGGUUUUGACCACGUUUAAGGAUUCGGAAAAAGAGCUAAUUCUGCACCUACUGAUUUCCAAUUUAGGAAUUACUAACGACAGAAUACGUGUUGAGCUUUCAUACAUUAUCUCUCAAAUAGUAUCUUAUGAUUAUGACAACCUCCACCCAUCCUUGAUCCCUUCAUUAAUAAAUAAUUGACUUUUGGGAGACGAUCAGAUUGCAGUAAUGGGAUCACUGACUACUCUUAUUCAAUGAUUUAACACACUUGGAGAUAGAUUCAUUGAACUUGUGCCGAACCUAUUGACAGACCUUCAUACUUGUCACCAAAAUGUAAAGGAAGUCAAGAUUUUUGAAAAAGUUUUUGAGCUUCUCUAUUGAUUCUUCAACUCAUGCUCAAUUUUCGAACACACCGAUACUGAAAAAUUUGACCGACUUUUGCCAGAAGAGAAAACUUGAGAAUGGCUUUUAAUUUGUAAGAAUUUUUCCUUGAAGCCUAUUGAGUUUCCUCAUGGGUCAAACUACAAUCUUGUUAGGCUUGCACUCAAAGCUCAGGAUUCCUUGUACAGCGAUAUAGAAUCCAGAGGACUUGAUGAAGGCUAUUGUACAAUAAAAGAGUGCAUAGAUUGUCUUGCUUUUUACUUAGAAACUUUUUUGAAAGAAACUUACGAAGUUUGUGAAGAUGCAAAUUCGGAUGAUGAAGGAUUUCUCGCCAUGAUUUCUCAAUUAAUAGAACUAACUACUACUCUUCUCAAGCUAGAAGAAACUGAAGAUGACUUUCUCAAUGUUAAUCAAAUGUAUACGGUCCUUUUGUACAUGAAUAUUACUAAAGAACAGGAGAGUCUCUUCCAAGAUGAUCCUAACCAAUAUAUUAGCGAUGAAGACAAUGAAUAUGCCACUAAGGAUUUAAAAAGCUGGGCUAAUGAUUUUAUGAAUGAAGUUAUUGAUCAGCAUGAAGAGAAAAUCCCCAUCAUUCUUCAAGCUAUAGAGAGGCUGUUAAUACGGCCAGAAGAAACUAAACACUCCAGUACAAAUACAGAUUCAAGAGAGUUUAUUUAUUGUGAAGAUUCUGUUGAAUUCCGAAUGAAAUGAAUUGAAGCUGGCCUCUAUUGACUUGGGAACCUCCCUGAUGGAAUCCAAAGUAACAACAAUUGUGUUGAUUCGAGUAUACUUACUAUUAUUGAUUCUAUUGUUAUUCCGUACCUUCAAAACCCUGAUGAAUACCCAGAGUAUAUACAGAUGAGAGCUUUAUGGGUACUUAAGCAGAAAAAGAGGAUAAUCACAGACCCGAAAUUAAAAGAUACUGUUUUCCAAGUUGCAGGUCAUCAUUUCUUGGACUCUAAUAAUCUUGCUAUUAAGCUUUCAGCAUGAGAAAUCUUACCUCAUUUCCAAUCAGAAAUGAAUGAGGAGCAAUCUGAAGCAUUGCUACAAGAAAUUCUGAAAAUAUUAGAAGAAGCAAAUGCUGAGACUGUUAGUAUUCCCCUGCUAUACUUCAAAGAGUUCACAAAAGAUAGCUCUAUCUUCAAAAGAUUUAUUAACAGCAAUAUUGUUGAAGGAAUAUUGGUUCUUUUUCAGAAGUACCACAUUGAUCCCUUUGUGGGGGAUGACUUCUGUUCGCUCUUAAAGUCAUGGGUGUAUCAAGAUCUUUCCCUUACGAGCGAGCUGAUAGUCCCUUUCAUUAUGAAUAGUAUUGUAAAAGAACAUGAGUCUUCAUCCAAACCUACAACAGAUCCAAAUGAUGAAGUGACAGGCACAGCUAUAUUUGAUUAUAGUCUUGAUAUGGGGGAAUGCAUCUUAGAAGUAUCAAAGGCUGUAGGAAAGCUUCCUGACAAAAUAGACUAUAAAUUCUUUGAGUCCUUAUCUCAAGUCCUUGUAGAAACAAACGAAAUAUUUAUCCAAACAACCUUGCUUGGAUUUUACCAUAAGCUAGUUGGAGCCCUUAUAUCUAAAAUUCAGGAAUCUCAUGAAGCAAUAGGGCUUAUCAAAGCUGUUAUUGAGAAGUUCUUGGAUAAUACAAAGGUUUAUGAAAGAGGUAUUCUUCAUAUCGGUGAACUUGUGGUUACAUAUCUCUCUAAUUUCACAUCUUCACCAGUGGAAGACUUCAUUGCUAUUACUCCAAUGAUAUUGACAAGACUUUACACAGUCAGUAGCUCGAAUAUACUAGAAGCUUUACUGUAUCCUUUCCUGCAUAUGUGAUUGACAAGCCAAGAAGAGACAUUAUCAAAGCUUGAGGAUAGAGAAAUCCAGAUCUUUGUUGAUAAUCUGGCAAAUUAUGCAGAAAGAGGAGCAUUCAGGAACAAAAAUGCUAAAAAUGGAUGCUUGAAAGUCAUCCUAAUGAAUAUAGUUCAAAGGAUCCAUCAAUAUGAUAAGGGAUGAAAUGAUACUCAUAAAUCUAAUCUUUGUUCCAGAUUGACACAGAUCAGAGAAUAUCCUCCUCUCUUUGCCUUCAUCCUGAUGAUUUGUCGGAUGGUAGAAAGGCAAAGCAUAAGUGAUGAAUUUGAUGAAUAUGACUCUUUCUGUAACAUCGGAGCUCAACAACCCUCUGACACAACAUUCGAAAAGCAAUGCUUAGAGAAAAUCCGAUCUGAGAUCUCAAACAGUCAGACUACUAUACAAGAGUUGAAGAGCUUAAUUGAGAGCCUUGUUCAACCAAAAGAAGCUGAGUUAAUCCAAAAGUACAUGUUUACAGAUUAA